AUGCCUGCUUCAAUCCAACCGAAUUUUGUGCCCCCGCCGGGCAAAGCCGGGGAGUACACCAAUAAGAUACACCAUAUCAAAAUGUAUCUUCUGGAAGAGUUGCCGCAUCAUGACUUCUCAUUGCCUUUCAUGGAGCCGGUGGACACAGAAGCACUCAAAGUGCCCAGCUAUUACACAGUCAUUGAGCACCCAAUGGAUAUGGGGACCAUUAUUAAGCGUGUGGAGAAUAAUUACUACCACAACGUCAAUGAACUGGUUUACGACAUCAGACUUGUGAUUAGCAAUUGCUUCAAAUUUAAUAUGCCCGGCUCCCUGGUCUAUCGCAACGGGCAGGAGUUGGAGGAGCUAUUCAAGCAGGUGUACGACAGUCUGCCAAAGGGUGAGGAGGUGCCUUGCAGCAAGGAGCAGGCCGAAAGGUCAUUGACGAUGCAUCAAUGUCGCUGUCGGUUGAGGAGGGUGCGGGAGGAAACCGACGACCUGGAACAGGAUGCACAUGAGCUUUUUUCCGAAAAAUGGUUGCCCGUUGCGAGAGACCUGAACAAUCAGAAUAUCAAGGCGUUGGAAGACUUUGAUGCGCGGCUGCACAACAUCCUCAAGCAUUGCAAAGAACAUAGCAAGCGUAUUCUGGAUACAUACGAUUACGAGUCCAGUCGAAUUCGUGAAGAACAGGCGAACAAAGGUGCUGAGAAUGCAAAUGAUGAACUUGACUACAGUCUGCGCGAGUGCAAGAAGCCACCGUUCGAUUGGGAGGAUAGCUUGAUCGAUUCCCUCGAUGAUACUCUCAUGUGCCUCCGGCAGGAUCUGGCCAAAUCUCGUCGUCGUGAGCAACAGAAGGAUAAGCUCGGCUACAGUGAGCGUCUGUUGCCGAUAUUUAUCAAUGCCCAGAUUAUAGCUGAAGGUCUCUGCUCGCAAACUCAUAUGCCGGACUCGUCCGAUGAAGACGAAGCUGAUUCGGAUACUGUUGACGCCAUGGAACGUGAGCACAUUCGGAAGCAUUUCAGUGCGCUCGUUCUCGAGUCCAAGUACGAUGUAAUGCACAUCAUCGAGCAGGUCGAAUACCGUCCUGACCGCAAGUACAAUAUGGUGAACUUUAGCUCGAAGACAAUAUCGUUGCUAAAGAAAGCUAUAAAGUGCCAUCACAUGCGUAUGGAGGCGGAAGCUUUGGCGCAGGCAAUGUGUAACUCAGACAGUGAAUUUACUACAAGUGAUGACAAUCCUUGUGGCUACAGUUUGCCGCCAGUACCAAAGCCUUUUUGUUAUCCCAUCGAGAACAUAUCCGAUGAUUCGGAUGCAGGAUUGUCAAGUCUUGCUGACACCGAUGUGGACUCGUAUCGUUACUCCGCUAGUAGCGAGGGGUGUAAUGAAUAA